AUGGCGGACGAGUACAUCCACCAGGCCAACGGCUUCUUCGUGGACGGGGACUACGAGGAGGCUGUGGAGCUUUACACCAAGGCCUUGGAGAAGGACCCGGACAAUGCCCAGACGCUGGCCGCCAGGGCGGAGGCCCACCUCCGGCUGGAAAACUACAUGGAAGCUUCGGAGGACGCCGGCAAGGCGAUCGACCUGGCGCCAGACAUGCCAAAGGCGCACUUGAGGAAGGGGAUCGCGUGUUUCAACUUGGAAGAGUUCGAGACCGCCAAGGCGUGCUUUGAGACGGGGCUGGGACUGAAUCCCGGCAAGAAGGAACAGAAGGACAUGCAGAUGUGGAUACGAAAGUGCGACGCUGAAAUGGAAGAGGAAAUGGCCGAUGCCCCUGCAGUCGCUGCUGCUGAGUUCACAUCCGUGCCUGAACCCACACCCAGCACUGCCAUGAGCGAGCCACAGGCUGAUAACAAGCAGCCAGACAUGAGCGCCCCACUUGCAAAAGCUGCCGAACAACAGCCCACUGGCAAGUACAGGCAUCAAUGGUACCAGGCGGGGCCAUCCGUUUACAUCCAAGUGUUUGCACGCAACUUGCCUGAGGAGCGUGUGAGCGUAGACAUUCAGGAGGAGAAGGUUGUUGUGGUCACAAGAGAUGAAGAGGGCAAGGAGGACUACAGGCUGGACCUGCCGCUGUUUGCAAAGGUUAUUCCUGAUCAGUGCAAGUACGAGCGUCUGAGCACAAAGAUCGAGAUCAAGCUGAGGAAGGCAGAGGACUCCAUCACUUGGGUAUGCGUGGUGAACACCACAACAUUUGUACAAGAACUUUGGAAUUUGAAGAAUGCGGGUUCGAAAAUGGGUGUGAAUGUUGAUGGAUUUAUGCAGGAGGAGGAGGAAAACGAAAAGCUGGACGGCGAUGCUGCAGUGCAGAAGCUCUUCAGGCAGAUCUAUGGAAGCGCUGAUGAAGACACAAGAAGGGCCAUGAACAAGUCGUUCGUGGAAUCCAAUGGCACUUGCCUGUCCACCAACUGGAAGGACGUGGGUUCCAAGACUGUGGAGUGCACGCCGCCCACUGGCAUGGUGGCCAAAAAGUAUAACGAGGAUUGA